AUGAACCCGCCCAAGCAUGAGACGACGGCGACAACAACGACCGACAUCAUGGCCGACGCGGAACUCACCAAGGAACACGGAAUUCUUGUGUAUCAAGUGGUGAAGAACAGGACACCCGUGGAACAGAGAGAGGAUCAUGCCAAGCAGCGGGCCAAAGUUGAGGCAACCCUUGGAGGGAUUGAUAAAGAUGCAGCAUUGACCCAAGAACAACAAAAGCUGAUCGCACAAAUAAAGUCAGACGCAAAGAGGCAAAACCAAGAAGGAAAGUUAAAGCGCCAGGCCCUGCAGCGUGCCAAAGCUGAGGCACGACAAACCCUAGGUUUUGAGCAAGACGCCGAACUCACGACAUUUCAAAUGCAGCUCGUCAGUCAAUUGGCCCAAGGAAGGUGUCUUGGUCGCCCGUGCCGCCUCAUUCCGCAUCCUUCUCUGGUACAAAAUCUCGUGUGUCGGGAUUGCAACUACGUGAAACAUUGCAAAAAGGUGCUCUACUACAACAAGACGCGUCGCAAAUUUCGCAUGAAAGAAAACUUGCGUAGUUUGGUCUGUCCCAUGUCGGCCCCAUCCGAGAUGGUGUUGCAAAAGAUCAGAGGCACCCAUGGAGUGUAUACCAACACAGGGACCACUCAUGUCACGUUUGCAGAAGGAUUACCACCAGAGGGAGAAAGCCAACGAAAGCCCCUCAUCUCGCAGCUUGCUCAGGUUCUCCACAAUACACCCCUACAAGUCACGGGGUUGAAUGCCAUUCCCACUCACAACGACAAAACAAAAAGCCUCAUUCUGAUCAACCUCAAGUUGGACGAGCACAGCGAUCGAGCACUGGCUCCACUUUUGCAAGCUUGCCGUUUGCCCCAAUACCCUCUACAUUGCACUUUGGGUGUUUUGGAUACGGAAAAGGCAAUGGAUUUGCAGCAGCGUUGGUCCCGUCCCGACGAUGGGGCGCUGACGCUGGAUGUCCGCUUGCUGCACGAAUUGAUGCCGAUACUACAGCCACGCACGCCCUCGCAACAACACUUACUUCAGGCACAACAAGUCGCCAUGGCUGAACUAUUAAAGCCGUAG